AACACCAGAAGCAGUCCCCCUUCUGAUAAGUUAUGUAGCUGUUAUGUAGUCGGUUGUCUCAUCCACUUCUUAACUCUUUCUCAUUGAUAUUUUGAUUCAGCAUGGCUUCUCUGAAAUCAGCGCUGGCUUAUUCCACCAGGGUGCUUACGACACUAAAAAAACAGACGCAUGUCAUUUACAUCAAGAGGACUCUCCUCCUGCCGAGACUGCCACUCUUCAAACGUGCAGAUGGCAGGUUUAUUACCAUCGGGCGACAGUCCAGCUCUACAGCAGCUGGAGCGGAGAAAGGAGAAGACUCUUUCCUGAAAUGGUUCCUGCUGCUCAUCCCUGCUACCACCUUUGGUCUUGGUACAUGGCAGGUGAAACGGCGUCAGUGGAAAAUGCAGCUGAUUAAUGAGCUGACAAGCCUCACUACUGCAGAACCCAUUCCUCUUCCUCGUGAUCCUCAUGAGCUGAAUAGCCUAGAAUACAGAAGGGUGAGAGUGCGUGGACAGUACGACCACUCACGGGAGCUGUACAUUCUGCCCCGCUCACCAGUCGACCCAGAGAAAGAGGCCAGAGAGGCAGGCAGGCUGUCUUCAAGUGGAGAGACCGGCGCAAAUGUCAUCACUCCAUUCCACUGUACUGACCUCGGCGUCACAAUCCUGGUGAACAGAGGAUACGUCCCAAAGCAGAAGAUAAGACCAGAGACCAGGAUGAAGGGACAGGUGGAAGGUGAAGUGGAGGUGGUUGGGGUCGUUAGGCUGACAGAGACUCGCAAACCCUUUGUACCAAACAAUGACGUGGAGAGAAACCGCUGGCAUUACAGAGACCUGGAGGCCAUGUCCAGUCUCACUGGAGCCGAGCCCAUCUUCAUUGAUGCUGACUUUGGGAGCACUAUUCCUGGUGGACCAAUAGGUGGACAGACCAGAGUCACCUUGCGGAACGAACACAUGCAGUACAUAGUAACAUGGUAUGGCUUAUGUGCAGCUACCUCCUACAUGUGGUUUGCAAAAUUCAUCAAGAAGAUGAAAGUGUGACAUGAUCUAAUGCAAUGAAAUUGUAUUACAUAUGAAUACUUUGUCUGAAAUGCUGCAAAGCAAACCUGAUAUACUUGAUUUGUACUGCAUCAGCUCCAGCCUGCUGCAUACAUUCAAUGACAAAUAUGUAAAUAGCUGUGGGUUUUACUCCUGAAAUGGGUAUUUGAGAAUAAAUUUAAUUUAGUGA